CCCUAUCACUCCUUUUCUUCCUGGUGAAUCGGCUGAGACAGCGGAAAAUGCGAGCGCGGGAGAAUCGGCAAAACGCGGAAGAUCAACGAAGCAUUGUUGGCAGCAUAGGGUAUAUAGCCGGGAACAUGGGCUACAUGGAAGGCAAUCUGAGUGCCAUUGAUUACUCUUAUGGCGGAGCCGCAACCCAUUAUCCUUUAUGGAAGCCACAUUUUCCGCGAGGUGAGGCUCCUCCGCCCUACGAGGAGGCGGUGGCCAUUUCCCAGGCCGAGGCCUUGAGUGCCCAGUGCACAGUGAGUCUGCCAGCCAGUUCCCAACGAGCGGUGGCCACCGUCAGUCAGCAGCAACAACAGGCGGUGGCCCAGGCCCAGGCACAGGCUCAAGCCCAAGCGCAGGCCCAACAGCAGCAGCAGAUUCAAGCUCAGGUGCAGGCCCACCAGCACUUGCAGCAGCACACGUUGCAGUUGCACACCCAACCGCAGCAGCACCACCAACCGUACAGCCAACAACUGGUGGCCCAUCCGCAUCCACAUGCCACGGCUUCAGUGCUGCCCCAGUCCAACCAGUACACCCAGAGCACCACCAACCUGAUCAAUAUCAACAUUAACAGUGGAGGAGUGACCACCAUAGCCACCGGGGAGAAUCACCAGCCGCCUUACAGCCUGCAAAGCGAUCACCAGCUGAGCCUGGAGCAGCAGCAACAGCAGCAGCAUCAGCAGCAGCAACAACAUCUUGUUCAGCCUCCGGUGAGCAGUGGUUCCAUCUGCCUGCAGACCAUGCCAAAGCCGCCGGCCUCGGCGGAGUGUAGCUACAAGAACUGCCACCUGAACAUUAGUGCCAGUGUGACCACUGCGGCCGCCAGUUCCAGUUCGGCGGCGUAUACGACAGGCCGCAGGACAACGCCGCGGGGAUCGCAGGAGCUGCUGCACCAGCUGCCGCAACAGCAACAGCAGCAAUAUCUCACCGUAGCGGAUGUGGAGAUCAAUGCCAGUGCCAGCGCAGCCAGCUAUCAUUCCCUGCCAGCAAGCAGCGGAGAGCUUCUGGCCACGCCCACUCACUCACAGGUGUUGCAGCACCAGCAGCAACAGCAACAUCUCUUGGCAGCCAUUUCUUCGCCGGCGAUGGAGUUGAUGCAACCCCUGGAGAUUGCCACAAUCUCGUCGGCGCCCGCCUGCAGCACUGCGGAUUCGGUGACCCAGACCACACAAAUGCCUCUGCACGGAACACUGAAGAACAGCCAGCAGCAGCAGCAGCAACAACAACAGCAGCAGCAGCAGCAGAUGAGCAAAACACCCUCCAGUUCUAGGCGCUAUCAUCGCACCAUUCCGCGCUACUUCGCCGUGGCCGAUCCACUCCAGGUGAAGCCGAAGACCAGCAAUAGUGCCACCUCCACCGGCGAGAAGCAGCAGGCCAGCAAGAAGCCCAUGUGCCAGUGCCCCAUCCAGCAUGUGCCCAUGUCCUACAUGGGCAGCACGGCCAAUGCGAACGCCUUCCUGAGCGGAGCGGGCAAAUUGUUUGCUGGGAACACGUCGAGCAGCAGCACAUCUACGCCCACCUGCUCACUGUCACCAGGAGCUGCGGCCACCGGUGGAGUUCGACAUGCGGCCACCUUGUCCUAUGGACAGCGGGCCAAGUCCUCGACGAAUCUGCAGCAACAGGCACAGGAUCUGAUUACGGCUGCGGCUUCGGGUGGGGGAACUCUGAGGCGAAGUGGGUGUGGCCACGAACCCAAGAUAGCAACCAUCUCGAAGCAGGUGGGCGAUGAGACGCAUCAUUCGCAUGCCGGAACCGGGGGCGGGGUCAAUGUGUCAGCCAUCAUUCCACCGCCCCCGCUGCAACAUCCCGAAGAGGUGUCCGCCCCGCCAAUUGUCCUGGGACGCGUGCAGAAGCGAUCCUCCAGCAAUUCCGCGGAACGGGGCAGGAGCUCCAGCGGCGGGGGAGGAGGUAGUGGUGUGCGCAGUGUGUCCAGCGGCAGCGGUGGCGAUUCCCUCUCCAACGCCUACUUGAAUCGAAAGGUUGAUGCCUACUUGAGUUUGACGCAGAAACAGCAGCAACAUUUCUUUAACCAGCAACAUCAGCAGCAGCAGACCGAUCCGAGCAAUCCGACUUUACCACCGAAACUCUACAAAAGCCUAACGAAUUUAAAGAGCGCCACCGUGGUCAGCACAUCCUCCUCCUCCUGCUCGUCCGGCGCCGUGGCCACGAUCUACACGCUGAGCAAGCCAACGUCGAGCGGCCAGCGCAAGGAGCAGACGCCUUCGUUGACCCUUCCACCGGCGAGUCCGGCCGCAGGAUCGGCCAGCGAAAAGUUGGCCAGCGGCAAGAUCAACUCGAGCACCUUCUAUCCGCUGGCCAACCACGUGACCUAUACCCUGCCCAAGCACAUCAGCGGCAAGGUGUCACUGAACAGCACAAUCAACAGUGUGGUCAGCAAAGUGCCCUCGGUGAUCAGCAUUCCGCCGGUGGAGAGCAACACUGCGAGUGGUCAGGGAGGUGGUCCGGCCAAGAGCACCACUCUGCCGAAGAUAUUGCGCGUGAAGCGGGACACUGGAUCGGGAUCGGGAGGAGGAGGGGGAGGAACUGCCACCAGUCUGGCCAUUGCCCACUGCCAGAUGCCCAGUUAUCCGAUGUCGACGAAGUCCAACGCCGGAGGAGCCAGCGGUCGAUCACCCAGCAAGCAGCUGCCCGUCUGCACCACGUCGAAGAACUGCCUGAAUCCCAAGGAGCACUUCCUGCCCAACGACACCAGCCUGGACGAUGACUACCUUAGUGAAUGCGAGAACUGCAAGAUAGCGCAGAGUGCCAAGUACUUCUUGGAUGCGGAGAUGAGCGGGGCAGGGGGAUCCUCGACGUCGCCCCAGGAGACGAUGACGCUGCAGCGUAAGUCUCUGGAGGAGACCAAGGAGGAACCGAUGGACAGCUACUACCGCAGCUCGCACACACUGCCCAGCAAUGCCAAAAAACACGGCAAGAAUAACAACCGGGAGAAGUGGCAGUUCUCGACGAUUCCCGCUGCCAGUUCGUCGGACGAGGACGUUAACGAAUGAGAUUUAAGCCAUUUUCUUUAAGAUGCCCGAUCCCCGGCCAGAAGAGCAUCCUGAAGAAAAUGCAGGCUCCGAAAACCACACUACUCCCCGCCCCGAAAGGCAAAUCAAGUUGAGAAGAUCGAAAAUUAGGUGCCCAACCGAUUGCUGCUGCAACGAGCAAUAGAUCCUGUAUAUAGCCGUAUUAGGCGUAAUUUAAUCGACCUAAAAAUAUGUCACUAAAUAUGUGUAGAUGGUAACCAACUGAUUGUUAGAUAUAACCAGAACGAUACUCAAUCCAACAGCGGCAUGUAAAUCUGCGUGUUUGUUAUGCACCUGUAUAUCUCUGUAUGUAUGUAAUUGAAAAAUCUGUACUAUACUAUAUACGAAACGAUAGGCUAAGCGAGUUAGGCCGGGCAAGAAAUCAAUUAUAAUCAAUGCAUUAUGAGGAUAUUAGCGAAACUGUUAAAUACUUAGCAUAUAUGAAAUUGAUCAUUAAGAUGUCAAACCCUACUGCCAUCUGCCAUUUUGCCAACGUUAACUGUCAAUAAUUGUGUAUGUAUGUAAUAUCUAAAUAAUGAGUGUACGAAAUUACAAUUUUUAUAAAAUAAGUAAAAGAAGCUGACCAAAAUUCAAGGUAUUCCCCGCUGCUCACUCCCAAAAAUGCACAAACAUUGCACAUAUGGAACUCUACGAUAAACCAAUUGACAUAUACAUAUGCAUAUAGUGGAAACCGUAGGAUACGAAUUUGAAUUCAAAGCUCAUGCCAUUCCAAUCCAGCUUUAUUGAAAUUUCGGGAUCCAGAUAAAUGCUCUUCUUACUUCUAAAUUUAAACCUUCUGUUCCCAACCAACUCAAAUGAAUGUACCAUAUACAAUGAAACUACGUCAGUAUAUAGAAGUAAGAAAUCGUUUCCAAGUCGUUUUUGUGUGGGGUUUAAUAGACAUUAGACGGUUUCUUGAUCGAUAACGAAGGACUUGCUAGAGAAUAACUUUCGUUUGCUUCUUGAAUCGGGCGGGUCCUAGACAGUCUAAUGCCAACGAUACGAGCACAAUAUAAUUAUAUGUAUAUGGAAUACAGGUAGAAGAGCAGAGACCCAGAAUGUAAUGGGAAUAUGAAUUGUUUGAUUUGAUCAAUUUGCAAAACUAGUCGUAAUCAUACUAAGCCAGCAAGCAAUUAGUCGAAGCUUCACUUAGACGAAAGCCAAAGAUACCCAAAUACCAACUACCAUUCUCCUGAUUUGCCUUAGUCUUAGUUCGGAUCUAAUUUAGGUAACUUCCCCCACUCACUUCGGAUGACAAGAUGAUGGCGAAAACUUUUGAAUACGGUUCUUGUUCCGCUUUUGGUUGUAAUCGAUCUCAGACCUGAAAACUAUAUUGUGUUCAACGGAUGCUCAAAAUAGCUAUAUACCGAAUUGUACAAUUUAUUGCCUAAGUUCGGAAAUUGUAAGUUCAACGAAGACUCGACUCUGUUAUCAAAUGCUCAAAGCGUGUACUGACCACAACGCAAUCGUGUCCCCCGAAAUCGGGGUAGUAAUUUAGCAAACUGAAAUUACAAGUAUUACAGAAAUUACUCAAUAGUAUUAACUAAUAAAAUCAAACGUUUUUCAAAUAUACUUAUUAGUGAGUCAUUUAUCAAAAUUUAGUUUCAACAGCAAAACCAAAACAACAUAUGUACAUCACGGCUAAGUACGAAUUUUUAUUCAAUAAGCUAUAUUUACUAUUAAACGAAGUCUCAAGAAACCAAAUAUUAAAUUAACAAAUAAAAUACUUGGUAAUAGUAGUUUAAAAUUACAGAACGAUAAAAAAUAAAUUAAAAUUAAUCUAGUGUGCGAUAGUUAAAACAAAUUUACCAAAUCGAAAAAAACCAAACCGUUUCAAAAAUUAUUCAACACAAUUGAUGUCGAUGUCGGAUACUGGUUAAGUAUAAUCGGUUACGACGGCAAUCGUGUUUCAAAAACGAUAUUGAGAUUUGUAUGAAUAAUUGCUUAAACCAAAUAUUACGAUUAUCAAUGUGUUAUUGAACAAACAUCGUAUUGUAACUAUUUAAAUUUAAUUGAACUAAAAGUGGAAAAAUAAAUUGGUCUAUAAUGAAAACUUAAUCUGUGUUUGUCUCUACUUCCUGGGAAACAUUUCUUUUCCCCGACUUAAAGUUGUUACGUAUCUUGAAAGAGAUUUUCGCCGCCCGAUUUUUAUAAUUUUACUUUCUUUCCAAAGCUCCCAAAAUAAUAAGUCAGUUGUUAAGGUUUUAAUUGUAAAAAUGCAAUACAAUUAGUUUGUUUUUUUCGUUUCGUUUUUCUUUUGUAUUUAAAUCAUAAAAACAAUUUUACGAUGUAUCAGAUUUUCCUUUAGUUAAUAUAAUAUGUAAGGUAUAUCCUAUUAGUUGUUUCUGUAAUGCCUGAUUCUGCUAUAGUUGCACAACUCUCGCAAGCGAAACGUGUGUUUUCUUUUUAUAUACAUACUCGAAAACAAAAUUCAAUAAAUUAAGUUAGGUAUGUAUUUUUUGUUGGUAGUUAUUUUUUUUUGUUUCGGUUUGAUCAACGGACACGGGGAGGAUGGAAGGAGGAGCAGGUCGAAGAGGCCUAAUAAAGAUGAUGCUGCUACUGCUGUCGCUGGCGUUGUUGCUAAAAGAA